AUGUCACGACCUGAGUGUUACUCAAACCCACCAGUUUUGAACCCGAAUGCAAGAGUUGGUCACGUUGAAAAACUCGCUGGUCUCAAUUCCUAUCUUUCUGGUUCCCCUAAUUCCAAUGCCAUUCUUCUCAUCUCCGACAUUUAUGGAUAUGAAGCACCAAAUUUGAGGAAUAUUGUAGACAAGGUUGCAGCUGCUGGUUAUUAUGUGGUUGUUCCUGACUUCUUACAUGGUGAUCCCUAUAAUCCUAAGAAUGCUAGCAGGUCCAUCCCUGUUUGGUUAAAAGAUCAUGGCACAGACAAAGGAUUUGAAGUUGCAAAAUCCAUAAUUGAAGCUUUGAAAAGUAAAGGUAUGAUGGCUAUUGGGGCUAUCACCUUUUUUGGUGAAUGGGGUGACAAGAGCUAG